AUGACGUAUGGUAUCGAUCUUAGUAUUGGUGAUGAUAGCGAGGAGAGAGCAAUUGUGGUGUACCCGCGUAUGACUCAAAGAAUGCAUAGGCUCUUCCAACCGGUGCCUCAAGAAGUAUUGACGCGACAAAUGGUGGACAUGCAACGAGAGGACGGAGAUGCAAGGAUGAUGCAUGACUGCUUUGGACCUAACUGUACUUGGGGCCCUAAGAAGUUCCACCAAUGUUUGGGUAUGUAUCGACCUCUUUUCUUACGUAUUCUAAGUGAAAUAGUUGUUGCGGAUCCUGCUUUUGAUAUACAAGUUGAUUGCACCGAAAAACUUGGCCACUCUCCCCACAUGAAGAUGUAUGCCGUAAUGAAAUGUUUGUGUAAAGGCAUAGCCGCUGAUAGCACAGAUGAUUAUGUACGUAUGGGAGCGUCGACUGUCUAUAUGUAUGUGAAGAGGUUUACCAGGGUAAUUGUUCGCCACUUUGGUCCAAGGUACAUGCGACUUCCUACAAGAAAAGACACAGAAAGAUUAUUGGCAGAAAAUGCGGCUAGAGGGUUUCCUGGAAUACUUGGAAGUGUUGAUUGUAUGCAUUUUCAGUGGAAGAAUUUUUCAACAGCAUGGGCAGGGUCGAACAACGACUUGAAUGUCUUGGCUCAAUCUCCACUUUUUGAUAACAUGGUUAAUGGUUUAGCAGCUCCUUGUAAUUACCGCAUCAAUGCCACAACUACGACAAGGUCAUUCAAAAUUCUUUUCCCAAAUCAGCCAGCUAAUACGUUGUUCAAUAGAUACCAACAAGCGAAGAGGAAGGAUGUUGAAAGGGAUUUUGGAACUCUCCAAAACAAGUUCCAAAUAACAAAAAAGCUAGCAUUUUACUGGUAUAGAGAGGAUAUAAACUUUAUUAUCAAGGCUUGUUUGAUUUUGCAUAACAUGGUCAUUGAGAAUGAAAGACGUAACUCAAAUUUGGGUAAAGUCGUGAACGAACCAAUACGACAUGUUACUGGAAUACCGAGGUCGUACCACGAGUUAAGGAAUGAUGAAGCAUAUCUCCAUCCCGUUUUCGGAACCAUCCCGCUUUUGGAAAUUAAAUAUCGUGAUUACCAAUGA